AGUUAGAUGAGUAAUGAUUUCUUUUUUUUCCUUGGGCACUAACUAUAUUGUUUGUUGUUGUUUGUGAUCCCUCUCCUUGCCCUGAAAAAAGCCCAUUAGGGCAAACUGAUAAGAGUCAUCUGCAAGCCAGGAUGAAGACAGCAGUCUUUUGUCGCGUGAGGCAGCUCGGAGCAGAGGGGCGGGGAGGGUAGGGGGCGAAACCAGAGCUCACGUUCAUUAACGACCACCGACAACUGGGGAGCCUCCUCCGGCAGCAUCACAGCGACACGCAGCCGGGGAAGAUGGUCGCAGUGCAGACGUCCCCCAAUUCGUCUCCGUUGGCAGAGUGGAUCUGUUGUCUGGAUAAAAGGCCAUCGGAGCGCUCAGGGGAGGAUGUCGACAUAAUUCUGACCAGACUGAGAGAAGUCAAAGCCUUCCAGAGGUUUCCACCUCCACUCUUACUACAGAUCUGUGCCUGUGCCUUCUACGAAUGCCUGGAGAAGGGGAUCACAUUGUUUCGACAGGGUGACAUAGGCACCAGCUGGUAUGCUGUCCUAUCUGGUUCCUUGGAUGUCAAAGUAUCAGAAACAGCCAACCAUCAGGAUGCAGUCACUAUCUGCACGCUGGGGAUUGGCACAGCCUUUGGGGAGUCCAUCCUGGACAACACACCUCGUCAUGCUACCAUCGUCAGCAGAGAGACCAGCGAACUGCUCCGGAUUGAACAGAGAGAGUUCAAGAGUCUCUGGGAGAAGUAUCGUCAGAGCCUGGCUAGACUCUUAGCCCCGCCUUAUGGAGCCAUGGAGAGUGGAUCUAACAAUGACAGACUCACAGACAAAGACAACAUGAACUCAGACUCUGCAAACAAAGCUCACAAGAUUCCCUCAGAGAAGCUGCAGAGAGCAGGGAAAGUUCUCCGAAACGCCAUCUUGUCAAGAGCACCUCACAUGAUUCGUGACAGAAAGUAUCACCUGAAAACAUACAGACAAUGCUGUGUCGGCACAGAGCUGGUGGACUGGUUGGUGCUGCAGAGUGCUUGUGUGCUCACAAGGUCUCAUGCUGUUGGGAUGUGGCAGGCACUUCUAGAGGAAGGGGUGCUUAAUCACGUGGACCAGGAGCUGGGCUUCCAGGACAAGUACCUGUUCUAUCGCUUUCUCGAUGAUGAGGAGGAAGACACGCCAUUACCAAGUGAGGAGGAGAAGAGAGAGAGUGAGGAGGAGCUGCCAGAAACCAUCCUUUUUCUCGCCCAGAUAGGCCCUGACGCACUGCUGCGCAUGAUCCUGAGGAAAUCGCCUGGUCAAAGGACAGGGGAUGACCUAGAGAUCAUCUACGAUGAGCUGCUUCACAUCAAGGCCUUAGCUCACCUCUCCAACACGGUGAAGCGGGAACUGGCAAGUGUUGUGAUCUUUGAAUCCCAUGCAAAGGCUGGAACUGUGUUGUUCAACCAAGGAGAGGAAGGCACCUCAUGGUACAUCAUCCAGAAGGGCUCUGUUAAUGUGGUUAUCUAUGGCAAGGGUGUGGUGUGCACACUUCAUGAGGGUGAUGACUUUGGGAAGUUAGCCUUGGUUACAGAUUCACCUCGUGCUGCCUCCAUCGUCCUGAGAGAGGACAACUGCCACUUCCUCCGUGUGGACAAGGAAGACUUCAACAGGAUACUCAGGGAUGUGGAAGCCAACACAGUACGUUUGAAAGAGCACGAACAAGCCGUACUGGUUUUAGAGAAGAGUCCCCGAACUUCCACACUGGGAAGCAUCAAAUACACUGUGAUAUCAGGAACACCAGAAAAGAUUCUUGAGCACUUCCUGGAGACGAUGAGACUGGACAUACAUCACAAUGAACCAGAUCCAGCAGUGGAUGAUUAUGUUCUCAUGCACUGUGUCUUCAUGCCCAACAGCCAGCUGUGCCCUCUACUGAUGGCCCACUACCAUGCGGCGUCUCCGCCUGGCUCUGAACAGGAGAGAUUGGAGCACGCACUCAACAGUAAGAGGAGGGGCCUCAUUCUGGCCCUGCGCUGGGCAAACACACACACAUAUCUGCUGCAGGAGGAGCCCUCUGCAGUCUCUUUCCUGGAGGAGUUGUAUGAAAGUGUAUUGAAUGAUUCCCGGAUGCUGAGAGGCCUCAAAGACUUGGUUCCCGACCUGGAGAAAGUUGUGAAAUUACAUUCAGAAGAGGCCAAAUCAACAAAAAAGAAAACCCUGAUACGACAGUUCAGCAACGGAGAAGAAAGACUGCAGAAGAAACAGCCCAUUAGGAAUCAAGAUGACAUCCUCUUGAAGGUGUACUGCAGUGAUCACACCUACACUACGAUCAGGAUUGCAGUGGCAGCAACAGGGAGAGAAGUAAUCAGUGCUGUUACCGACAAACUUGGCACUACUGACGAGCUCCUGCUGGUCCACCUCAGCUCUGCUGGUGAAAAACAAAUCCUGAAGCCCAAUGAUGUGUCAGUGUUUUCCACUUUGAGCAUCAACGGGAGAUUAUUUGCCUGUCCACGGGAACAGCUCAACAGUCUGAGUACUCUUCCAGACCAGGAGGGCCCUUCUGCAGGAUCCAUGUCAACUUUUGAGCUGAUGAGCUCCAAGGACUUGGCUUAUCAGAUGACGGUGUUUGACUGGGAGCUUUUCAGCUGUGUACAUGAGCAUGAGCUCCUCUACCACACCUUUGGCCGCCAGAGUUUUAGAAGAACCACAGCUAAUCUGGACUUGUUCCUGAGGAGGUUCAACCAAGUCCAGCUGUGGGUUGUCACUGAAGUUUGCCUCUGCAGCCAACUCAGCAAGAGAGUGCAGCUCCUCAAGAAGUUCAUCAAGAUAGCUGCACACUGUCGAGAAUUUAAGAACCUCAAUUCAUUCUUCGCCAUCAUUAUGGGGAUGAGCAACCCUGCUGUUAGCAGAUUGAGCCAGACAUGGGAGAAACUCCCCACCAAGUUUAAGAAGUUUUAUGCUGAAUUUGAGAGCAUGAUGGACCCAUCAAGAAACCACCGGUCUUACCGACUAACAGUUACCAAACUGGAACCACCAAUCAUCCCCUUCAUGCCACUCCUUCUUAAAGAUAUGACGUUUACACAUGAAGGCAACAAAACAUUCAUUGACAAUAUGGUCAAUUUUGAGAAAAUGCGUAUUAUAGCAAACACAAUUCGACAAGUCAGGCACUGUCGAAGCCAACCAUUCAAUCCUGACAUUUGCCAGCCGAACAAGAAUCAAGCAGAGGUGCGGGGUUACGUUAGGAAGCUCUGUGUGGUUGACAACCAGAGGGUGCUGACGCAGCUGUCCUACAGGCUGGAGCCUCGGCGGACAUGAGCUCCAAAUCUUCCACCACCAUCGCCUUCUCUAUGAUGUUAGCAUAAAACAACCUCACACCAAACACAUUACCUGGAUAAAAAAAAAAAAACUCCACACACCUGGACUUUUAGUAGCAAAUCGCAGCAGUCAGUGACUUCAGCACUAUCAUGAGUUAAAGGACUUAUACUGUGCCGUUACAAGCCUCCUCCUCCUCCUGGACAGACAGAAACUAUCCGGCUGCUCUCUUGUCGCUGUGUCUCAGCUCCCAGAUUGAGGGUUUAUAUUGUACUAGUUGUUACUGUUUGGGACCUGUUAGAUAGAAGUGUAAUGUAUAGAACUUGACUCAAUAUCCUGCAUGACUGAACUCCAUAGGCUUUGUGUUCUAUACAGUGGAUUUCUAUCAGAGUGCCCUGUACUGUUGUGCUACCCCAAAUAAGCUCUAGUUUACAAUGAACGACUGUACCCACCUUAAGUAAACUUUCCUUUUGUGACAGUCUUACCCAGACACAUAGGAAACUCCACAAACUGUAGCGAUCAUGACUUAUUCCCAUAUUGCAUACAGAAAUCUAAAGGAACAUAUUUACUUCAUAAUCUACAUUAUUCUAUUCUAUUCUAUUCUACAGUCAUUUAGCAGACGCUUUUAUCCAAAGCGACUUACAUUUGAGACAUUAGCCUAAUUAAAGUCUUUAAAAUUUUUAGGAUUUGAGAUCCUUUAGGUAAAUAUCAGUGUCCCUUAACUAGUCAGACACUUUAAAACUACUUACGAGUGUUGCAUUGAUAAAAGCCCUUAUGGUAUUACAGGAAGUGUUCACAUCAAUCACUGUAGUAUUUUUUUUUUCCUGUUGGAGUGCAACCAUGAACAUGAAUCAUUCUAGAUGAUGAAGGUGCCUGAUUGCAUCUGUUCUGAGGUCAGCUGUAAAACCAAAUUGCACCUCAUUCACUGGAAGGGAUUUGCAGAUUCAGAGUUGAAAGAUAACUUGAUUUUUACGGAGAAAUCUUGUCAUAUCGACCAGUUGUGUUCAGUCUGUGUAAUUUCCUUUUUUUUUCUUUGUAAAUGUGAGUGUAGGUUUUGAAAAUGUUAUUAAUUUUUCUUUGAUCUCAGGAGCUUUUGCUGUGAUGAUGUGUGUUGAG